GAAAGAAAAUUUUUUUUGCAAGCGCAAGCAAAGCAAUCCGCAAACCCUCCCUCCUCCUCGAUUCGAUCGGCGAUGGCCCGGAAAAGGAAGACGGACGCCGCGCCGCGGCUGGACGAGGCCGACCGCACGCUCUACUCCACCUUCUGUGGCGCCGCCAACUCCCUCUCCCAGCUCUACACCCAGGCCAUGGCCCAGCAGAAGUUCUCCUUCCAGGCCGGCGAGCGACACGCCCUCGAGAAACUCUACCAGUGGAUCUUGAGGAAGCAUGAGGAAGAGGAGCGGCUCACUGUAGCUGAUAUAAUGUCUCAUAUCCAGCAUGAGAUGGACUAUGGAGGUACUGAUGCACAUGUCUCCCCAAGAGUACAUCAGCAUCCUCAGAUUGCAAAUCCAUUUACAAACCCGGUUGUCCAAUCCGCAACUGGUUUAUAUGGGCAAACAACUGCUGGGUUUGCUCCUAGACCCAGCCUCAGUGACCAGUCAAAUAAUACAAUAUUACCAAAUGCCCUUUCAAGCCCAGUGUGCAGGAAUCUCCAGAAUUAUCACUUGACUCAAGGUGCUGGCAAUGGAGGCCAGAACGCAGAAGCAAACUUAGCAGGGGCAAAUCGGGAAACCAAUUCCACAAGCUCCAACGACACCUCUAUGGACAUGGUUUCAGACAGCGCCGGGAACGAAUUCUACCAGUGAUUCGUUGUGAGAUGUUGCGCCUGCAAUCAGGCAGCAUCACAUACCAAUGUUGACCAUGUUUUUUCCCUUCUCUUUUUUGUAUGCUCCGUAUUCUCCCUAAAGCUCACCUUCUAUGCGGCGUUGUAGUCGCACAUCAGGUGAUUCUCUUUUCUUUAAGCAAUUGGUAAUUUUCGUUGAAGUUAUUGGAGAGAAAUUUAUGUGUCUGGGUGGGCUGCAUCAGGCAUGUUUUAUUCCCCACAAUGUGUUGGUGAGUUCAAGAUUCUGAAUGUAAAUGAAAAUUGCGUUGUGAUAUA